AUGUCUGCCAUUGUACCUAGUUCCCUGAAAAACAUAUCUUCUUCUCUGACAUCUCUAAGUCUUAAUGACUGUGGAUUGCAAGGGUACUUCCCAGAUCAGAUCUUCUACUUGCCAAAUCUACAUAUGCUUGGUUUAAGAGAGAACUUCUACUUAACAGAAUGCAUGGGAAAUUUUAGUAGUCUUCAUGUAUUGGAUCUGCGGAAGAAUAGAUUUAAUGGCCCCAUUCCAAGAAGACUUGCAAAAGGAAACAACUAUAGGACCCUUAACUUCAACAACAAUGAAUUGGAAGGGUCAAUUCCACGGUCAUUGAUCAACUGUUCGAGACUUGAAGUUCUUGAUCUUGGAAACAACAAGAUCAAUGAUACAUUCCCAUAUUGGUUGGGAAAUCUUCCAGAGCUACAAGUUUUGGUUCUUUUUUCCAAUAAAUUGUAUAGUUCUAAUUGGGGUUGUUCUAAGACCAAAAAUUGUUUUCCUAAGUUGAGAAUCUUUGAUCUCUCAGACAACAAGAUUAGUGGUAUUUUGUCAACUAGGUAUUUCAAAAAUCUCAAUGCCAUGAUAGACUUUAGUGGAGCUGAAAGGAGGUUGCAAUACAUGGGUGAAGAUUAUUAUCAAGAUUCUGUGAUGAUUCCAAAAGUCAUUGGAAAGCUUCAUGCUCUUCGUCUUCUCAAUCUUUCUCAAAACAACCUCACAGGUUCUAUUCCAUCGUCUAUUGGAAAUAUGAUUGCUUUGGAAUCCUUAGAUCUCUCUUCAAAUAAGCUUGUUGGAAAAAUUCCUGGCCAAUUGACCAAUUUGAAUUUUCUUCAAGUUCUAGACUUGUCACAAAACUGUCUUAGUGGACCUAUACCUCAAGACAACCAAUUUGAUACAUUCCCAAACAAUUCAUAUGGCGGGAAUUUGGCAUUAUGUGGAUUUCCUUUGUUAAAUAAAUGCGAUAAUUAUGAUGAGACACCACAACCACUCUCAAAAUCAGAUGAUGGAGAAUCUUCAAAUGGAUUUGGUUGGAAAGCAGUAUUGAUUGGCUAUGGAUGUGGAAUGGUGUUAGGAGUUAUGAUGGGAUAUCUUGUGUUCUCAACAUAA